ACUUGGUGUGUGGUAGAAGUGAACCUGCCUACGCACUCUCGAUGUUUAAUAUUGAUUCAUUUUAGUUUGUAUCGCUUAAACGAGUUUAAGCAAUAAUAUUAUUAAUAUAAGUGAAUGUUGAAAGUAUGUUAUCUUAUCUAUCGCCCAUUGCGGUUGGUAACUGGCACGAUUUAACAGUUAGUCUAAUAACUUAAAGGAAACGAUGCCUUCUAAAAUUGCGGUGGUAACAGGAUCAAAUAAAGGAAUUGGAUUCGGAAUUGUAAAAGGACUUUGCGAAAAAUUUGAUGGGAGGGUGUAUUUGACCUCCAGACAUGAGGGACGUGGGCAAACAGCAGUGAAUGAACUGAAAUCAUUGGAUCUCAACCCGUCUUUUCAUCAACUUGAUAUCGACAAUGAAGAAAGUGUCAAAACAUUUCGAAACCACAUCAAAGCUCACGAAGGAGGAAUUGAUGUUUUAGUUAACAAUGCCGCAAUUGCCUUUCAGGAUGAUACUACGGAUUCAUUUGGAAUUCGAGCAGAGGUUACACUUGCAACCAAUUAUUUUAACACGCUGCGUGCAUGUGAAAUUUUGUUUCCACUAUUACGCCCCAAUGCGCAAGUGGUAAAUCUUACCAGUGCCCUUGGACAUUUAUCCCAAAUUCCAUCUGCAGAGCUUCGAGGUAAACUAAGCGACCCUUCUUUAACGAUAGGCCAGCUGAAUGAGCUAAUGAAUCAAUUUAUACGGGAUGCGAAGAAUAAUAAACACAUCGAAAACGGUUGGGGAGCUUCUUCGUAUGCUGUAUCAAAAGCUGGCGUGAGCGCUCUCAGCAUUAUCCAACAAAGUAUACUCCAAAGGGAUAAUAGAAAUAUUUCGGUUAAUCAUGUUCAUCCCGGAUACGUUGAUACUGACAUGACAAGUCAUAAGGGUUUUCUAACUGUAGAGCAAGGCGCCUCAGCUCCACUUCUUCUCGCAUUAGGUGGCCAUCACCUAAAAGGACAGUGUGUUUGGUUUGAUUCCAGUGUCGUCAAUUGGUAUGGCCCUCUUCCCGAUAAAUCAAUACUAAAUAUAAACGCGAUACCUACGUGAUUUCUAUUGUUCUUUUUAAAUACAUCAAUUUUAAGUC